AUGCUCACCAUGUGCCAGUCCUCAGGCCUGGGCACCAAGCCCAUCGUGGGCUUCCUCCUCCACUUGGGGCAGCUGCUCUCCACCUGUGUGCCCUUCUCGCUGGGGGCCAGUGAGGACACUCUGAAGGGGGACGUAAUUAACUGGGGAGUUUUGUGGGCUCCGGUCCCCGCCUCCCCUUCUCCUGGGACGGCUUUCUCCUGUGUCCAUGCCUUUUACUUCUUCAUCUUCUGCCUCUCAACGUCCAUCGUCUUCGGCGCCACAUACAUCAAGUUCUUGCCUCCAGGCUCCACCCAAAACAGGGUCAUCACUGCCGCUGCAUUCGCCUUCGUGGCUGCUGCACUCUAUGCCACUGAAGCGUUCUGCAUCAUAUCCAGCCUGGAGGCAUGGUCUGGCUCAAGCCAGCCUUCCCAGGCCUGCUCAGGAGACCCAGAGAACUAUGCUGACUGGUUCUUCAUCACCGUCAUCAGCAGCCCCACCAGUAUCAGCAUCAGCCAGCCCUUGUUCGUGGUGGUGGACUUCAUAUGCUUCCUCCUGGAACCAGCUAUGAACUUCAUAUUCAACAGGAAGCUGGAUGGGCAGCCCCGGCGGUCCAGUGAUGUGAGCUGCAGCAACAGAUGCAUCGGCUCGGAGUGCGCCGGGGACCAGCGGCUUGGCUGUGGCCGUCCUAUCCAGCUGCCGCUUGAUGAGGCCGACACUGAGCACCUGGCCUGUGAGGCUAUU